ACAGCUCCAAUCCUUCACUUCUCACGCCACUUUCUUUGUUUCACCUUGUACCAUUCACUAGUCACUCUCUUUCGCACUGUUCCGACGCCGCUUGAAGUGUUCCAAUCCACUUUCCGUAAUCCGAAGCCCAAAUUUGUGAAAGGCCUGGUAUUUUGACUGGCUACCUCAGGCGGAGGGAGACGGUGUUUACAAUUGUCGCUUUCACAACCUGCCAUGCUAGUCUAAGUGCGCCCUCCUCUAACUUCGACUCCAGCGCGCCAAGCGGCUCCUCCACCCUACGACCAUGGCGCCCACCAAACCGCGGUAUCGCGACUUCUUAACGCCUGCGCUACAUCGAAGAUUCACGAGCGCUAGCUUAUAUACCCUGGGUACAUGCUAUUCUAUUGCUGUGUGGAUGGGCCAAGGGAGCUUCGUAUGGAAAUGGUUGCCCGUAGGCCCUGCCGGAAUACGGACCCUCCUGCUGUUUAUAUCAGCAUUGGCUAUCUACAUAUUGCGAGUGUCACAGAUGCAUAUCGGCGAGCGAACAACAACCGUCCCCUACGAAACCUUGACGAAAUACCUCUUCCGAUGGCACACCCUGCAGACGCUGGCCUUCUACAUAUUCUCGGCGUGGUGGUUCAGCGAGGUCUUCAUCUACUCGCAACCUACCGAAUCGAAGUUGGGAUGGAUAGAUGCUGGAAAGUAUCACGAGCGCAUCCGCCUCAAUGAACGACCCAUCUACCUUCGUUUCCUAUUCCUCUGCCUCGCCGUGGCUCAAUCCUCAAUCCACCUCUUCGCAGAUUACGACCGAAUUGCCUUUCCAGUUCUGAAGGUGCGCAAGGGGCCAUCAGGUCAGAAUACCAGUCCUGUGGUACCGGCAGCGACACAGCUGAAGAGUGGCUGGAUUGUAUCGCUGAAUGUGACUGUGAUGACUACAGUCGUUACCCUUUUCGGGGGCAGCUUUCUCUACUUCGUCUUCCUCCGGCUCACGCUAUGGGAUUGGUACUUUUCCGUCGCCAGACAUCUUUUCAACCUUGGGAGGACUGGUAAACCUGGCGGAGUCAAUUUCCCCACUAUCUGGUGGAGUUUCGUUACCCAAGGCUUCUUCCUCGUCAACUUGUGGCGCUUUACCAACAGGGCAUUCGAUGCAUAUGUUGGCCAAGAGCCGCUCAAGAAUGGAAAGCCAAUAACGGACGACUCAAAGGAUCCGAACGGGAGUCUCCUGAGCGGCUUAAAGGCCAAGAAGGAAGUGCCGCGGAAUGUUGCUUUUUGGGAGCUGGUCCUGAUCACAACCCGCUUCGACAACCGCCGCAAGACGAUCUACCAGGAACUUGGACGUGACAACAAAGAGGAUUCGACUUGGAGCAAGAUUCGGAAUGUAUGUCUCGCCGAGAUAAAGGGGAUCGGUGAACGUAUCGAGGCAGUCCAAUCGCCCAAAGCCGAUCCGGAUACAGUCGCAGCACCGCCAGUCGUCGAUCUCGUCCCUCGCAUCUCACAACCUCUCAAGGAAGACCAGAUCGUGACCCGCACCCCACCCAAGGGUACUAGGGGCAGUCUCGAAAAGAUCGCUAGCGACCUCGUGAAGACCAAGUCUCCCCGGCCCGGAUCCAGCCCGCGCGCCGUGAAACUUCUGGACUUUGGAAGCAGCCUGAUGGCCAAGUCAGGAAUGACACCAUCCAACCACCCGGCCGUAAAAGAGAGGGCGUCAGACUUGGUCAACAACUUCAUCCACUCACCUGCCGGUAUCCCAUUCAGGCAUUCUUUCAUCCGUACUGUUACAGUCGUAGUGGCUGGAACGCCAUUUAGCCAUGCAGGGCCAAUUGCAGAUGCCGCCACUGCCUUGGCUGGGCUUGUAGCGUGUAGUCUAAAAGAGGACACAUAUGGGCGGGUGCAGAAGGACGUUCCUGACAUCAUCAGGGCAUUCGUAGCAGCGAUCAAACAGAUUGAUGCUUUUGUGACGAGCCUGAACGUUCAUUGGACGGACAUCGAUUAUGUGGGGAUGAGUGUCGCUCAGAAGAAGGAUUUGGUUAUGGGGAAGAUCGACUAUGAGAAGAAGGAUGCUCCAGAAGUGAAAGAGGUCGUGGAAGCUUUGCGGGAUGGUCUCGAGAAGAUCCUCCUUGCUUGGGUCGAAUUCCUAGACACAUGCGGUCUGACAAAGGCGGAGGUCCGUGAAGCAAAAUUACUGGCUGGGGGAGAGCGGGGGAGGUGA